UUUUGUACUUACCAUAUGUCGUCAUUCUUCAGCUUCUUCUACUCCAAGCCAAAAGCCGAAGAGGUUAUGGCAACAACGAGUCCAACUAACGAAGAACCCACUACAUCAGCUAAAACAAUUACAGAAGAUUCCCAAUCAGAACCUCAAUCUCCCGUGAAUUUACUUUCUCCUCCACGUCAAGCACAGCCACAAACGUCGCCAUCUAAUUCGCCCUCCUCUCAACCCGGUUCACAGCCUCAAACACCGAAGGAGCAAGAAAUUUCUAAAAAUUCUACAGCUUCAGAAGAACAACCUCCAGAUUCCUAUUCUGACGAUGAAAUAUUAUCAUAUAUUUCUGAAAAUAAUGAACUAAACGUUUCCUGGUCAAAAGUUAUGAGUAUUAUCAGAGAAAGGCUCGAAAAGACAUGUCAUGAUUCAGAUAUUCAAAUUGCGAUAAAUGGGGAAGGUUUGGACAAAAAUGAGAAACAUAAAACGGAUGUUGAAAAUUAUAAGCAAACCAUUAAUCAAUUAUUGGACAAUUUUGAAAGACCACCAUUUACAAUUCAAAGACUAUCUGAGCUUAUACUGAGGCCUUUUCAGCAUCAUAAAACUUUAAUUAAAUGGCUUCGUGCUGUAGAAAAGGUUUUAACGGUGCAAUCAUCUCUUGAUGCGUUCCCAUCUUUAUCUAAUACAAUUACACUCACAGAUAAAUUAGAAUUAAUGGAAGUUACUACAUCUCCAAAAUUAGUUCCUAUUAGUUUCGCUUAUAAUGCAGAGGAAAUAGAAAAGGAAAAUGCCAAUUCUCCCAAAUUGGUUCCUAUUAAAUUUACUUAUAACGCAGAAUUGGAGGUAGCAGACAACGAAGAAGAUGACGAUAUGAAUGAAGAUUAUUAUUAUGAAAAACAAGAAAUUGAUAUACCAGAAGACGAUCUAGAUAAAAUGGAUGAAGAAAAAAUACAGGAUAUUGAUGAUGAAGAAAAGUAUGAUAUGUUUGAAGAACAGUGCAAAGAUAACAUUGAAAAGGUCGCCAAGAAAAAAAGAGAUUAUGACGUUGAGGAUGAUAUAAUUGAUGAAAAUGAAAGGAGUUUAAAAAAGAUGACCAAGAAAAAGAAAGAAGAUAAUAUUGAAGAUAAGAUGAUUGAAGAUGGUAAAAAUAUUUCUGAAGAUGUAGAAAAAGAUGAUGAUGUUGAUAGUUUAUUUGAGGAGAAAAAUAAGAUUAUUGAAGUUAAAGAAAAAGAAAAAGAAAUUGCAGGAGAUAAAAUGACGGUAGAAAAAAAGGAGGAAAAUGGAAAAAAUAUUAAAGACGAAAAAAAUAAAAAGAAUUUAGAAAUAAUUAAUGAAAAAACGAUCAAGGAAAAAAAUGAUGAUGUUGUUGUUGAAAAAAUUUUAGAUGAUAAAAUUAAAAAAAUAAGUGAAGAGAGUGGAGAAGAUAAUAAUGAAGAAAGCAGAGAUCAAGAGAAAGAAUUAUUUAAAGAAAAAAAUAAAUAUAAAUUAUCUGUAAUGAACGAAGAAAAGACAGAGGAGGAAAGUUGAAGGAAAAAAGAAAAGAGAUUCAAUAGAAAAAAAGAAUUCUAGAAAUAAAUCUAUUUCUAGGUAAAUAUUUGUUUAUAUUAUAAUUUAUAAUAGAAAAUAUGUAAAUUUUAUAUCAAAUUACGAAUAUAUUUAUUAUCAGCUAAAAUAUUGUAAAAGGUAUUAAUUUAA